AUGUACGGAGGACCACCACCAAGUGAAGAACAGAAGAAACUACAACAACAAUACGCAUACGAUACCUUAAAGUUUGCUGGCUUAAUUGCUGGUGUCUUGUGGGUUAGCCCAAUUGUGUAUCAUUAUAUUCAAAGACAAUUAAAAUAA